AUGAUGUUUCCUUUCAAUAUUUCCGAAGUUGAAAUCUCCACAUUCCUAUUGAUUGGGAUACCAGGGCUGAAGCAUGCACACGUUUGGCUCUCCAUCCCUAUCUGCCUCAUGUACCUCAUGGCCAUCCUGGGCAACUGCACCAUCUUAUUUGUCAUCAGGACAGAGCCUUCUCUGCAUGAGCCCAUGUAUUAUUUCCUUUCCAUGCUGGCCCUAUCUGACCUGAGCCUGUCUUUCUCCUCCCUGCCCACUAUGCUGAGGAUCUUCUUGUUCAAUACCAUGGGGAUUUCUGCUGAUGCAUGCAUUGCCCAAGAAUUCUUCAUCCAUGGAUUCACAGACAUGGAGUCUUCCGUGCUCCUGAUCAUGUCCUUUGAUUGCUUUGUAGCCAUUCGCAACACCCUGAGAUAUAGCUCUAUCCUCACUAGCUCAAGAGUUGUGCAAAUUGGAUUGACGUUUGCUAUUAACAGCAUUCUCCUAGUGCUUCCCCUUCCUUUUACUUUAAAGAGACUUAGAUACUGUAAUAAGAGCUUAUUAUCGCAUUCUUACUGCCUCCACCAGGAUGUCAUGAAGCUGGCCUGCUCUGACAAUAGGGUCAACUUUUACUAUGGUCUGUUUGUUGCACUUUGCAUGAUGUCAGACAGUGUGUUCAUUGCCAUUUCCUAUGUGUUCAUCCUGAAAACUGUAUUGGGUAUUGCAUCACAUGGGGAGCGGCUCAAAGCUCUUAACAGCUGUGUGUCCCACAUCUGUGCUGUGCUAAUCUUCUAUGUGCCCAUCAUCACCUUGGCUACCAUGCAUCGCUUUGCUAAGCGUAAGUCACCUUUGGCUAUGAUUCUGAUAGCUGAUGCAUUCCUGCUGGUGCCACCCUUGAUAAACCCCAUUGAAUAUUGUGUAAAAACUCAGUAGAUUAGAGUGAAAGUCCUGGAAAAACUUGGUCUGAAGUCUAAAUCAUGGGGAAAAGGUGAAUGCUUCGUAUUUUCCGUAAUAACUUACCUUGGGAAGAGGGAAGUGAUUCUAUGUACUUUAUAGUCUUUAAGUUACCAUUACAUAGUUAAAUAAUUAACCUAUUAACCCUUAUGGGGUGUGUAAUAUACUAUAGCUUUUUUGCUCUUAAGGAAAAAGAUGCUUAUAGUUCAUAAAGAAUGUGUGGAUUUUUUGUUGUUGUUUCUGGGAUUGAUGACAUCUAUCUUCUGGUGUAACAGUGAAGAGUAAUAAUCUAGACAGACUUCUGAGGAUAAGCUAGGAAAUGCAGUCCUGUGCAAGAUUCUGGAGCCAUUUAACUUUUUAAAAUUUGCAUACCCUCAUCUGAUUCCACUUUGUGAUUUACAUUAAACCAUUUACAGCAUGUCAGAGUUUGUCUAAGUAUGUUCUCUAUCUUAGUAUA